AUGACGAGAUUUGACUGCAAUGAGCACAUGACCAGUUUCCUUCGUGAGCUUCCAAAAUGUGAACACCACGUUCAUCUCGAAGGAACACUUGAGCCUGAUCUCUUGUUUAAAUUAGCCAAGAGAAACAAAAUCACACUCCCUGAUAGUUUCCCCAAAUCUGUUGAAGAUUGCAUUACUCGGUACAACAACUUUGCUGAUUUGCAAGAUUUUCUUGACCACUACUACAUCGGUAUGAGUGUUCUCAUCACCGAGGAUGACUUUUAUGAUUUGGCAAUGGCAUAUUUUGAAAAAGCACACUCCGAUGGAUGUUUACACUCGGAGGUAUUUUUUGACCCACAAGGACACUUGGAACGUGGUAUCGAUAUGGAUGCUGUUGUGCAUGGAUUCAACCGUGCAUGCAAGUACGCCACUGAAAAAUUCGGCACCACCAAUAAAUUAAUCAUGUGUCUUUUAAGACAUUUACCAAGCGAAGAUGGUUUAAAAACCAUUGAAUUGGCUUCUAAGCAUUAUGAAAAGGGAACCAUUCACGGAUUGGGUUUGGACUCUAGUGAAAAACCUUUUCCACCCGAAUUGUUUGCUGAGUGUUACAAGACCUUGAAAGAGAAAUUUCCUGAUGUCGGAUUAACUGCACAUGCCGGAGAAGAAGGCGAUUAUACCUAUAUCAAUGGAGCCCUCAACUCCUUAAAUACAACCAGAAUCGACCAUGGUGUUAAUGCACAACAAAAUGAAGCAUUGAUGAAACACUUGAGUGAAAACCAAAUUAUGCUUUCACUUUGUCCCUUGUCAAAUGUCAAACUCCAAGUUGUCAAAGACGUUGCAGAAUUACCAAUUGACUUGUACUUUGAACAAAAUAUACCAUUUUCACUCAACUCUGAUGAUCCUGCUUAUUUCGGUGGUUACAUAUUGGACAAUUACAUUGCCGUUCACACCAGAUUUGGAUUCGGAUUGGAACAGUGGAGACAGAUUAGUUUGAAUGGUAUCAAUGGAUCAUGGUGUACCGAACAAAGAAAAAACGAGUUGAAAAAAUUAGUAGACGAUGUUUGUGACAAAUAUAGACCAUUGUUAUAG